GUACGGAUAAUCCGGAAAAACGAUAUCUCCUCAUCUCCUUCGCUUCCACUUGCUGUACUCUCCCGUGAACCACUGAGAGAGUCUGGGACCCACUCUCAAACUCCUCUCAUGGCGAAGACUCUCAUCUCAUCCACGCCCUUCGUCGGCGCAUCUCUGCCGUCCGUCUCCCGCCGUGGGUCCUACGCCCUCCCCUACCGCAGCACUGGACUCGCCACCACCAGAAUCAGGCUCAGCCUGCACGACUCCGUUCCUCCGAUGAACCCCUUCGACCACUCGGCCGUCGACGUCGCCUCGCUUUUGAGCCGCGCCGAGGGACUUCUUUACACUAUUGCCGACGCCGCCGUGGCCGUCGACCCGAGCUCCACCGACGCCACCGCUCAGAAGAACGGCGGUUGGUUCGGCUUCAUCUCCGACGCCAUGGAGUUCGUGCUUAAGAUUCUGAAAGGCGGACUUGAGACCGUGCACGUGCCGUAUGCAUACGGCUUUGCAAUUAUACUGCUUACAAUUAUCGUCAAACUUGCCACAUUGCCGCUCACAAAACAACAGGUGGAAUCGACGUUAGCGAUGCAAAACCUUCAACCAAAACUUAAGGCCAUACAAAAGAGAUACGAGGGCAAUACGGAAAGAAUACAACUUGAGACAUCACGGCUGUAUCGGCAGGCAGGGGUUAAUCCAUUGGCAGGGUGUUUACCAACUUUGGCCACAAUACCGGUUUGGAUAGGUCUAUAUCAAGCUCUUUCAAAUGUGGCAAAUGAGGGAUUGUUGACAGAAGGUUUCUUUUGGAUCCCCUCUUUGGGUGGCCCAACAACAAUUGCUGCUCGACAAAGUGGUUCUGGCAUUUCGUGGCUGUUUCCCUUUGUGGAUGGACAUCCACCGUUGGGCUGGUCUGACACUGCAGCAUACCUUGUUUUGCCUGUCCUCCUUGUUGCUUCUCAGUAUGUUUCAAUGGAGAUCAUGAAGCCUCCACAGACUGAUGAUCCAGCUCAAAAGAACACUCUUCUUGUAUUCAAGUUUCUUCCCCUCAUGAUUGGUUACUUCUCCUUAUCCGUUCCUUCAGGAUUGUCAAUUUACUGGUUCACAAACAAUGUCCUCAGCACGGCACAACAAGUAUGGCUACGCAGAUUAGGAGGUGCAAAGCCUAUUGUGAAUGAGAAUGCAAGUGGAAUCAUUACAGCAGGACGUGCAAAGCGAUCAGAUUCUCAGCCAGUAGAAGCUGGCAGUAGAUUUAGGAAGUUAAGAGAAGAAGAGAAAAAGAAGGAGUUGAGCAAGGCAUUAGCAAAUGAAGAGGUUCUGACUUCUGAUUCUGAAGAUGGUCCAGAUGAAGAAAGUAUUGACAAGGGUGAGGAGGUUCUAGAAGAGUUGUACGCGUCUAGUGUUUAGAAAAAAGAGCUUCCAAAUGCAUCCUCGACCAAGGAGAAGCAACGAUCUAAAACAAGGCGU